AUGAUUGAUUAUGAGGCUAGUGGUGGUGGCGUUGAAGAGUCAAAGAAGCUGAAGCUCUAUUCAUAUUGGCGGAGCUCUUGCUCUUGCCGUGUUCGUAUUGCUCUCAAUCUGAAAGGACUUGAUUACGAGUAUAAAGCUGUUAACUUGGUCAAAGGAGAGCAGUUCAGUCCUGAGUAUUUGAAGCUCAAUCCUAUUGGUUAUGUGCCGGUGCUAGUGGAUGGUGAUAUAGUAGUUGCUGACUCUUUUGCCAUCUUAAUGGCGAGUAUUGCAUGUUCUUCCUCUUUAUAUCUGGAAGAGAAGUAUCCUCAACAUCCAUUGUUGCCCCAAGAUCUGCAAAAAAGAGCAAUCAAUUACCAGGCCGCAAAUAUUGUUUCCUCAAGCAUACAGCCUUUUCAGAAUCUAGCUGUAUUGAAGUAUAUUGGGGAAAAAGUUGGUCCUGAUGAGAGGCUUCCUUGGGUUAAAUAUUGCAUUGGAAAUGGCUUUGCAGCUCUUGAAAAGCUAUUAAAAGGCUAUGCUGGAAAAUAUGCUACUGGAGAUGAGGCUGAUUUGUUUCUGGCACCCCAGAUCAAUGUAGCAAUUAAAAUGUUCAAGCUUGACAUGGUAGUGCCCUCCUCUCUCUUCCCCCCAGGAAAAAAAUAA